UGGCGUCACGGUCUCCGGUGGGGAUCCGCCCGCGCGGCCGCCGCACGAGAGCUCGGCCCGGCCUGAGGAUGAGGGAAGGGUCGGCGCUGCCCGGCGCCCCCGGCGCCGCACCGGUGCCCGGCUUCUUGGCGAAGCUGUGGGCCCUGGUGGAGGAUCCGCAAAGUGACGACGUCAUCUGCUGGAGUCGGAAUGGUGAGAACUUCUGCAUACUGGAUGAGCAGCGGUUUGCCAAGGAGCUGCUCCCUAAGUACUUCAAACACAACAACAUCUCCAGCUUCAUCCGACAGCUCAACAUGUAUGGUUUCAGGAAGGUGGUUGCUUUGGAGAAUGGUAUGAUUACAGCAGAGAAAAACUCAGUCAUUGAGUUCCAGCACCCUUUCUUCAAGCAAGGAAAUGCACAUUUAUUGGAAAACAUCAAACGCAAGGUGUCUGCAGUAAGAACUGAGGAUCUCAAGGUCUGUGCAGAGGACUUACACAAAGUACUCUCUGAAGUCCAGGAGAUGAGAGAGCAGCAGAACAACAUGGACAUCAGACUGGCUAACAUGAAGAGAGAAAAUAAGGCCCUGUGGAAAGAAGUGGCAGUUCUAAGGCAGAAGCACAGUCAACAACAGAAGCUGCUGUCUAAGAUUCUUCAGUUUAUACUAAGUUUGAUGCGAGGAAAUUAUAUUGUUGGGGUCAAAAGGAAAAGGUCUCUGACAGAUGCUGCAGGUGCUUCACCUUCCAAGUACAGCCGUCAGUAUGUCCGCAUACCUGUGGAGAGUGGCCAAGCAAUGGCUUUUUCUGAACGUAAUUCAGAUGAUGAGGAUGGAAAUCGUACAGGUCUCAUCAUCCGAGAUAUCACUGAUACCCUGGAAAAUGCCACCAAUGGUCUCCUUGCUGUAGCACACACAAGUGGCAGAGAUAGAGAGGCGCAGACAGCUCUGGAUCCCGGCUUACCGAUUUGUCAAGUAUCGCAGCCCAGUGAGUUAAGUUGUGCAGAACCCAUCCCCCCAGCUCAUAUAAAUGAUGUCAGCAAAUCCAGUGAAGUGGGAAAUGCUGCUGUAGAACUGCACACUGCACAAGCUAAUGCUGCAGAAGACCCUGUGUCAGUGAUUGACUCCAUCUUGAACGAGAGUAACUCUGGAAACCAAAAUGAUCCUUUACUGGACAGAGAAGAAAUUCAGGAUUUUCUUAAUUGCAUUGAUGCCAGCCUUGAAGAGCUUCAAGCAAUGUUAUCUGGGAAGCAGUAUAGCUUUGGUUCUGAAGCUUUCAGCGAUGUGUUUAACCCUGAACUGCCAGCCCUGGAUAUGAACUUGAUGGAAACUUCCCCUGGUAUGGAAAAUAUUGCAGACAUGGGAGACAGCACUGAACAUCUGGGAGGAAGUGAUAGAGAAACAGCAGGAAGCAAAGAUAUGCAGCUGAUACAGUACAGGGCCAAUCCUCUGCUUUCGUUGUUUGAAGAGCUGCCUUCUGGUGAAGCUGGUGGGAAGACAGAGGAUCCAAAAGACCUCCUCCUGGCCCCCCUGGAGGAAAAACCUGCUCUCCAUCCUCCUUCAGGUGGUGAAACAGUCUUGCCACUGGCAGUUCCAGCAAACCAGGCUGAGCCCCCAGUGGACACUUUGGGAAUGGGUGAUCCGCCUCUCCUCUCGGAAGAUGGAAAUGGAGAGUAUAAGCUGUUCCCACUCCUGCUCCUCAGUCCUGUUGCUAGCUUCAUAGAAGAAGCCUCUGAGAUAGAAACUUCCUGAACUCACAUCUGUAACUGGCCUAGUGGUGUGAAUUAGACAGCAAAGAUAAAUGGAUCAAUGAGAAGUUUGAUCUUCUCUCUCCUCUCCUUCCUCCUGAGUGUUGUAUUCUGUAUCAACUAAAGAAAGUUCUCUUUCUGUGAGCGAAGAGCACAUGUGGGAAGGCUGAAAAAAGCUCUCAAAGAAGAGCUAUAAGAUUGAAGGCACUGGGAGGAGGGAAGGACAGCCUCCCUGUGCACAUACCACAGUGUAUUUCAUAACUGUUUUUAUCUGAUAUCCUUAUUGCAAAAGGAAAGCUGUUUGUAUCCUGUUUGUAAAGUUUGGCUGUUUGUUUUUUUUGUUUUUAUCAGCUAUACAGUAAUGUGGUGUGUAAUGUUUUCCACAUGGGUUUUAUUCUUUCUGAGGUGCUUCAAGAAGUAUCUUCUGAUUGGAAUUCAGAAUUAUUUUGUUGUUGCUGUUGGUUUGGGGUUGUUUUUUUGUUGUUUUUUCUUUUUUAAUAGUUUGUGGCUACAAAUGUUUGCAUCGGCUUAAAUUACUUUCCUAUUCCUAGAUUUGCUCCUAGGUACAGGGAGAAUUUUUUCCUAUGGAAAAUGACAUUUUAACUCUGGCGUGUGACUUUUUAACAUGCUAACACAUCCAUUGCCACGGGUUGUGGGCGUUGCAGUAGAAGUGCUUUGCCACCGUGCGUAGUGCUGAUCUCAUGCACAUUGCAUGGAGGCUUUUCCAGAGUGACCUGCACCCACCACAUCCAUCGCCUUCCUCGGGAACUGUGAGUAGCACUGAGUCAGGAGAUGUGCAGCAAAGUCCAGCCACUGUCCUUGAAAGAAGAACACAAAAAAGUGACGGGUAAUUUGCAGUGGUGGGACGUCACAGUAAGAUUUCUCUUCUGCUUGUUUACCUGACCCUCUGUAGACAUUGGACUUUUUCCUGGAUUUUCUGCCUGUUGUAUCUUAAAGCUCAAUCAACCGAAUGGAUUGAUAGCGAAUUCCAAAAGCUGCUAUCAGCUUCAUCUGAAAAUUUUCCCCAAAAUUCCCUCCUGCACCGUUUUCUUCUCUCCUUUGAACAGCUGUGACAGACAUUGCCUCUUAUCCCUCCUUACCGGUAGGAGAAGUGCUCCUUCACCAGCACAGGCUGGGAGGAGCCUAUCCACAGCUCACAGAAAUCCGAAAUUUGCCACAGCCAUCCACAGCUGCGGGAGCUGGGAGAGCCCUGGGGGCAGGCAGAAAACUGGCUGCGUGAUUCUCGCUGAUUCUUUCAAGUAGCUGCAGUGGUAGGAGACAUUUCUCAGUGUUAGGAAGUCAGUCCAAUUACAGGCUUUAUUCUCUCUGGAGUUUCUGAACUAAUAAGAUUUGGGUUCUUUUUAUGUGGAAGAAUCCAAGUUGUUUUGAUAUGCUGAAGCCUGGAUGAUGCCCAUUAUCUGCGCUGACCCUGCUAAGUUAGAUUUGUGCUUCGUUGUCAGAUCUUCCCCACCGGAAAGGAGGACCUCGCUACUGCGUAUGUGCACACCUCGAACACCUUCAGUGUCCUUUCAUUCCCCUGCUUAUAACUGUUCCUUAUGUCUGUGAUCCCCUUUUUUUUAUUACUUUCUCCCAAAAGCCUUGAUUUUUUUUCCGAGAGUAAGACAAUACAGAGCAAGCUUUUCCUCAGUGCUGCUGUGACAGCGCAGUGCGGGUCACAGUUCUGUGGGGGGCUGAUCUGUAACCUCCAUUGCCUGAGCAGGUGAGACUUGAAGAGCAGCGCUGCAAUGGAGCACUGUCAUAUUCUUCCACGAUGGAGUCUGCUCUCACUGCGUCUCACCAUCAGGUGUUUGACUCAAUUGCAGAAUAGUUUUUAAACACACUUUGUCUCUUAAGAAGAAACCGAGGCUUAGGAACAAUUUGUGAAUCUGCGUCUGGUUUGUGUUCUGGCCUAGGAAAUGGGUAUACUUGCUACUUUCCUAACAGGGAUUGCAAUAGAAGAUAAAUUAGCAAGGAAAAAAAGUACAAAUUAGUUGAACUAAUUAAACUAUGGAAUUGCAAAACCCAAA